CAGCGAGCGCACUGCACUCCUGGAUUACACUCACCCAUCACAGAAGGAGUAGAGUUUAUCUACACAGCGGCGCAAAGCCCAGCACAGGACAGCAGCAUGGGGAGCAGUAUGUCAUGUGUCCCCCAGCACAACUUCAGAUUCUCCAGCAAGAGUUUCAUACGCAGAAACAGCAGUCGCUUGUUUCGCAAGUACAAUCCCCAAGAGGGACAGGAGAAGUCUAACAGCAUCAUAAAUAUCCUCUGCACUGUCACCCCGAGGAAGGAAAUGUCCCCUAAAGACCUGCAGACGAUAGAAAACAUCAAAUGGGAUCCUCCAUUUGCUUACGACCCGAUCAGUGGCUGGAAGAAGAGCAGCAUCAAUGUGAAGAAUUACGGACGGAUGAUUCACAGCUCCAAAGUUCGUUUCCGCUUCGUCCACUGCCAGGAUAUACAUGACUGCUACCUGGAUCUGUUCCAGACACACCUUCAUUUCGUUUCCAACAACACAACCGGACUGACAUACCAGGGGACUCUUCCGUUGAAAGAACUCACUAUCUGCAGCCUGCAGCAGAACUGCAAUCACAGCCAACCCCAGGAAUUCGCCUUUCAAAUAAACGGUGUCAGCCUAAACCCCAUAAUCGUCUACUUUGCCAACCAAGAAGAAAUGGACCUGUGGUUCGAGCUGCUCAAAGAAAACAUUGAAGCUAAUGGAGGCACUGCAAUUUCACCUGAAAACUACACCAGAGUGAGACUAAACAGGAAUAACACUUCUGAGAGAAGAGAUGAGCUGAGAAAUUCCAUCAACAGAGAGCCCAUCCACGAGUGGGAAGGCUCCCAGCGAGACAGCCUGGGUCCCAUCACAUACGUCACUAAAGUCCGACUGCAGCACCUGCCCUGCCAGGAACAGAAUGACAGGCUGCUGGUGAUGUACCCAUCAACCCUGAUCAUCCUCUCAGAGGAAAACGACGGACUCUUCUAUAAGGGAAAACUUCCGCUCAACAUGAUUACAGUGACCACGCCCUGUCAAGACGUCAAGCCCAACACAUUUAUGAUUGAAGGCAAGAUGAUCAACCCCAUAGUGGUGUCCUGUGUGGAUAGGAUGGAGUUCUGCGACUGGAUCCAGCAGUUCAAAGCUGCUGAUGUGCCUGUUCUCAGUCCCCCCCCUCCAGUGUAUGACAUCAUCUACACCCCGACAAAGACAGAGGCUCCACAGUUUGACCGGUGGAGUGGACACAGCCAAGGAAAAAUGGAGUCUGUUAAGUCCAGCCAACCACCGAGUGGACGAGGAUCCCGAAACCUUCCUCUGCCCCUUCACGAUGAAAACCCUCUCACCCCGGGGUACUCUGAGCCCCGUUGUUACAGUUCCAGCCGUCCCUCUUCGAUUGAGACUGCCCAGCUGGGCAGCAGAACCAAUAGUGUGUCUUCCCACACCAGGCCCGAGCGCGACCUACGACCUUUGUCAGUGCGCUACUCAUCUCCUCAGCACAGCUCCUACCUCCAGCCUGCAGAGAGCUCCAUGGUGUCUGAGCUCUACAGUAAACCCUACUCUGCCCUGCAUCGGGGCAGCCCGCAGCGCCUGGAGAAAGCUCCACUUGUCAAGUCUAACAGCUGGAGCACUCCUCAGACAUCCCUGAACUACUCCCUUAACAUCCCCCAGCGCCACUCAGACAUGUGCGCUCCACGACAACCCUUGUCGCCUCUGUACGAUGAGCCUUGCACUCCCGAAAUCUACUCCUUGGAUGAGGCCAGGCCAGUGCAGCGGUGCUGGCAAGAACGGCCUCAGCACCAGCACCACCAACAGGAGCCCCAAUUCCUACCCUCCUCCUUCCAGCUACAUGACCCUCCAAUGGGCAGACGCUGCAGGAGAAGCCUGGUUCUGACCAACUCCCAGGGUCAGUCUCAGGACCUGGAGAUUGACACGCCUGAAAGCCAAGUGCAGCAGAGAGCAGAGGCUGUUUCGAGGCUAAAGCUGCUGCCUGCACCCAGUCAAGUGCAAGAACAGAUACUUCACCCGCAGAGUUCUGUGAGAAAGGCCGCUCAGAUGCAUUAUGGUUACUCACCAGGUCGCCAUUCAUACCUCGAACCCGCAGAACCAGAUGACCAGGAAGUAGACUAUGACAACAUUUGGGAGUACGACUGUGAUACAGGAAUGAUCCAGCCAACGGCUGGAAUUUCAACACACUGGACAGGAUUAGACUUUGGGGCCAGAGGCCUCGGUGCCAUGGCAACACAGCAGAGAUGGUCAUAAAACAAAAGGAUGGCCCGGCGCUCGUCUGGACGUGUGCAAACAACAGAUCUCUAUCAGGGGGAUAAUAAAAGUCAACAAGCAGAGCUCGUGUUGCUCCCUACUGUGUACAGUAGGAACCCACAAAUCCCAGGAACUGCUUUGUUAGAUGUCGGGCAGUCGAGCAGAGGAAUGACAGGAUAAAACUGAACAUCAUGGAAGUGGCAAACAAAGACUUCAGUUGUCUGUUUAAUAUGUAGCAUUCAUGGAAGAAGACAGUAGAGUAUACUGUACAUACUGUGCAGCUUGAAUAUUAUUUUCUAAAUCUGUUAUAUAAUGUAAGUGCACUGUCAUUGGUUUUAUUCGUAGUAAAUCCAGUUUUCUUUUUUAUAUUUAUAGGCAGGAUUUAUAGGAUUUUCUAACAGGCUGUCGUAUUACUGUUAAGUGUCUCCAUUUGUUUCUAAUUAAAGCUAUAAAAAGCAUUCCAUUAGGCUUGUUAUAGUAAAGAACAUAUGUAUAUAUUUGUGAAUGUUUAACAUUUAUUAUUUUCUUGUGCUAUACUGACAAGUCAAAUAGAUGUGGCUGUAACCAACUAAUAUCCAAAUGAUAAUAAUUCUAAUUUCAAAACGGCACAAUACUGAUACCUGUGAGACUUUUUUCAUUUUGGUUUGAGGUGUUUAUUUAUAUUUG